UUUACACCGUCGAGUCAAACUAAAGGCGGCUUUACACGCGUCAGUUUUAGUUCCUAACACUAGCGAUUUGGCGCGAAAAUUCCUAAUUCAAAUUUUGUUUUGACAACGUUGCAAAAAUGACUGCGUUUCACCGUCUGUCAUGUCUUGUCAACGUCACGUCGCCCCGUUAUGGCCGUCGGGGUAUUCAAACUAUCGAAAAGUCAACGAUCCUUCUUAAGUAUAAUAUUCUUAAUUUUAAACUUGAUCCAAGUACUAACGGGUGUAACUAUGUUAAGUUUAUCGAUCUAUGUCUGCAUUUCAGUGGCACCGAUUCUAUUUUCAGAACGUGCAGAACUUAGUUACGUAUUUGCAGUUGUUGCUAUUUGCGGCGUCAACAACAUCUGCUGUUGGUUGUUCGGUUUAAAAAUCCGACUGAAGUGCCUAAACCAAGCCUCCAAAAAAAGUACCCGAAGUUUGGUCUUCGCCUGGAUCUGCAUAUCUUUCUACGUGAUUACGUACCUGAUAAUCUUGGCGAGGCACACGCGGAAAAUUUACAAACACAUAAUACGCGCCAUGGAUCACUCGUUCUACACCGGUAUUAGCAAGUACUUGAAAGACUCGAAUUGGAAGAUAAGCAUCGACAAAAUUCAGUACGAUAUGCAGUGUUGCGGCGCCAAAAGCUACAAAGAAUGGUAUGAAGUACCCUGGUUGGAUAAAUACCAAAUCAAUGUAAAAUCUGAAUCAGUUAAACAGUACCGCGAAAAUGGUUCUUCGUUGUAUCCGGUAACGCCGUGGAGUUGCUGUCGACUUGGUUUUCCUAUGCAGUGUCUGCACGACCCGUUGCAACAAACUGGGGCACAUAGUGUUUGGGCGGAUCAACACUCCCUGACUUUGGAUUCGUUGAACACUGAGGGGUGUAUAAACAAACUUAAACCACCCAUUCGAUGGUCCUUGACGGGGUUUAUUUUACUAGUAGUAGUCAACUGUAUUGUACAGUUGCUUAUUUUUAUCGUGGUCCGGUUAUUGUACACGUCGUGUCGCAACGACGCGAUUUUGAACGACGCAGACGGAGUGGCCCCAGGCUGGAUUUUUGGUAGGGGGGAUUGCGGGUACGGUGGAGGAAAGUCGCUAAUGCACAUAAUGUAUCCUAACUCUACCGAACGACGUAGAAAAAGUACAAGUCCGACAAACGACGAAGAGAAUCGGUUGAUCGACAGUCAUGACAACUAGCAACGAGUAUAGAUUUAUUUAUAUAUACAUAUAUUGUAAAUAAGUGUGUAUACAUAAGCUGAAGAAACUUCCAACUAAGGUUUUUGUGCUCCAUUCGAACAAAAGUAUUUUUGUUUAAGAAAUUGUUUAUUUUUCAUUAAA